UUUCCCGCGACGAUUCAAAUCGACCGGCCGAAUUGCUUCUGAAGGUUGUCGUCAGAUGAGGCAAGUCGCGGUCCGGUCAAAGGCCAAUUCACGCCGAUCGCACACACCCACACCUCAUACAUCAUACAUCACACGCACACGUAUACACCGUGCCAGUCGCGCUCUUGGAAGGAUGUUCCAGGUUAUUCACGGCUGACGAACGAGAGUGCCCGCGAGGUAACCCGCAAUUUCAUUUCGGCUCAUUAACGCGCGAGACACCGUAAACAUGCCGCCACGGACAGACGCAGUGCCGCAGGAGAAGGUGCUCGAGACACCGUCGAGAGGAGUCAACGCCGUUUUGCUGGGACCACCUGGUAGCGGCAAGGGUACCCAGGCACCGUUGUUUAAAGACAGAUACUGCGUAUGUCACCUGUCUACCGGCGACAUGCUGCGAGCCGAGGUCAGCUCUGGCUCUGCCCUUGGAACACAGAUCAAGAAGGUGAUGGAUGAAGGUAAACUGGUCAGCGAUGACCUGGUGGUCAGCAUGAUCGAGAGCAACCUGGAGAAACCCGAGUGCAAGCGUGGCUUUCUGCUAGACGGCUUCCCAAGGAGUGUCCCUCAAGCAGAAAAGCUUGACGAAAUGCUGAGCAAGAAGAAGAUGAAGCUCGAUGCCGUAGUUGAGUUUGGAAUCGAAGACAAUUUAUUGAUCAAAAGAAUCACUGGCAGAUUGAUACACCCGGCCAGCGGUAGAUCUUAUCACGAAGAGUUUGCACCUCCUAAGGUUGCGAUGAAAGAUGAUAUCACUGGGGAGGCUUUGAUCAAGAGAUCCGACGACAACGCGGAAGCUCUGAAGAAACGACUGGCGACGUAUCACACGCAGACCCAACCACUGGUCGACUAUUACGCCCUGCAGGGGCUUCAUUACUACGUCAAUGCCGCCCAGUCCGCCGAGAAGGUGUUCAAGGACAUCGAUCAGAUCUUCCUAAGAACCACCAAGCAGCAUGAGAAGAAGAGCUUCUUCAGCAGAUUCUUCUAAGAGCGCUACCAGUGAAGGAUUCUUUACGGAGCAUUCUCCUUUAGGAAUUCCAGUCUUAGCUUCUACUUGAAGGCAAACAGUUAGGUAUGGGUUAUCGAGAGCACUGUAAAAACGUUAACAUUGUAAAAACGGUUUAGCUGUCACUUUUACAUGAACUGCUGUAAGCGAUGCAUGUCGUAGUGCAAUGCGCCACAGAAAGAUACGUGGUAGGUAGUAAGAUGCAGCUUUCUAGCGGGAGCUACGACCGAAUCAAGUGCACAGAACCUCCCAUCGCGUCCAGUAAGAGUGUAAAAGAUAUUGUAUAACGUGAAUUGCGCCGGAGUGUUAACGGACACGCUUGUACAUAGCCGCUGAAGGGAGCACCCCGCUUUAUGAUCGCGACAUGAAUUAUAUUUCUCGACUGGUGAUUGGUUUAUACAUUACUGUUGCAAUAUCGUUUAUAAUUUUUUUACGCAUCUCGCGACCUGCUUCUCGUUCACGUUCAUCGACUCAGCUUGAAACGCGCAAAACAACCGUGGGGAGUAGUGCCGCGAGCGUUUAGUACUCGUACAUGCGCACACUUUUCAAUUGUUGAUGUUUUAUAUCAGUUUAGCUGCGAUUUGUAUUCACGUGUCGCAUUCAGCGCUAAAUGCGACUUAAUUCAACUUUUAUUUUCAUAAACGUCGCGUGUAAAGGUGAAAGUAUUGAGGUUACUUUCAUGUAAAUUGUACUUAUUUUAAGUUAAGUAUAAUUUACGUCUCAAAAUAAUAACCUUUAUCACACUUUCACGCUAAGUAUGGAAUUUGACUGUAGAUUUGUAACUGUACAACGCGAAUGUACUUUUCUGAUCGUAUAAAAGGAAACGGUAUCAAAGUCUAACGCAACAUGUAUAAACACACAAAGAGAUAUUGCGAUUGACAUGGUUGUGUCCAUGUAUCUCCUUUUGGAGACAACUUUAUCAAUACGAACAAAGCGCGAUGCAGCUCAGAGCUCUAUUUUACAUAUAAAAGACGAAUAUAUUCUGAUAUGGCUAUGGCACUAUUCCUGUACGCAAACCUCUGAAAUCCCGAAAAAAGGACAUAUUUUCCGAAAGAAGCGAAUGUGACUCUAAACAAGAAUAAAGCAAUUUUAAAAAUCUUUAUUAAAAA